GCACAUUUGGAUACUGAUAUUUCUCAAUCCUGCGCAUUGUUACUGUCACAUAUCCACAACUAGACAUUGCUUUAUCGGCUCAAAUUAAAUUCACGGAGGCAUACGCUAAUAUAUCGCACAUUGACUGCAACGCCUUUACAUGCAGCGUUCCAAACAAUAAACAAAGACAGCAUGGCUAUUCUUCGAUUCUUACAAGAUCCCGUAGGAAUAGCUCCGGAAUUCGUUACAUCUACUACAGUGGCUAGUCAAGGACUUGUACAACAAACUUUGACAACAUCGACUUCUACAAGUACAAGAAGUAAUUGGCUGGCCUUAUCAGCCAUAACACCCACAAAAUCUUCUACCUUUACACCUAUUCAGACACUCAUAACCUCUUUAUUGUACAGAGAACCUUCGAAUAUUCAGUUGACCGUGGCAAAUCCGGCACCUACCAACGUUCAAGGCGAACCAUCUACGAAUGUGCAUUCGCAUUUUCCACAGUUCGGAAGACUCGCAGUCACUCCAUAUCAGCUCAUGUAUAUAAUAGCGGUAUGCGUGUGCUUCAUGAUUCUAAUGAGUUUCUGCUGUUGCACGGAUGAUAUAGGGCGCUAUAUAAAAUCAAAUCGUCGCACCAAUCCUGGCGCAACAAUGCAAGCAGCCCCUGUGUGGCCAGGAGCUUUACGAUUCGUAGAUGGAGCUAACGACGGAAACAGGAGCAACAGAACUUCCCGAAGUCAUUCUACUAUCGGCGAUUCUACUGUUAGACCUCUUAUGCCUCAAUCUGCGGAAAGGAUUGAUUUGCCUGCUACUUCUAUCAUGCCUAUGAAUACUUUUACAAAAAUAACCAUCAAAGCAUGUGAAGAAGGUCACGAAUCUAUCAUUCUUGAUGAGAUUGAAUUACGGGAUUUUGCCGCCGCACCAUCGUGCCAUAACUUUUCAAAUAUAAUUUCUGAUUUAAACCAUGAGUAUUUUACCGAUAAUCCUGAGGCUGAUGCUCGAGAUCGAAAAAAAGUCAGUUUGCGUGGGGGCUCUGGUUUAGAAGAAUAUUUAUUGCGUACUGGGGCUAUAACUAGUUUCAAGCAAACCGAGGAGAGGUGGAAGCCAACGUGGUCUGCCACAAAAUCUCUAUUCGGCUCCCGGCGCAGAGAAUCAGAAUCUAUUUCAACACAAAAUGCCUCACAUUCUGUGUCAAAUAGUUCUACAAUUUCUGGCAACAACCACUCUCCACCACCACAAAAUGGCGAUCGGUCUCUUGGAAAAUCAUCUAAGACUACAUCUAAACGUGCAACAAGACAAGAAAAUACUUCCGGUACGGCAUUCUCCUUCCCUGUGAGCGAAGGAAGUGACUCGGAGAUUCCACGUUUUCCCACCCUCAACCGAAUCAAACGAAAACUCGGACCACUUAUCCAUUCAGUAUCAAAACAAUCCUUGAGAGAAAGGUUUUCAUCAGUAGACCACAGUGGAGAGUACAGCACCGAAAAGGCAAACUCAGAGGAAACCCCAUAUAGUAGCACAGUUCGAAAGGCGCUUCGAAGAGCUCGUAGCUCAGCUUCAAUUCCAUUUGGACUUUUCAAACUACCUGAACCGGCAAGAAACGACCCAGAGCCUUCGGCUGCGGGACCCGUUUCUAUUAUUUCUAACCCUAACGAUGCUAAAUCUGUGAAUUCCGAUACAGCAUCAGAGAAUACUCUGAAAGCUAGGUCUCCAGUUAGUACUUUGCUUGGAGUCAGAGCUAACAGGAGAUCUGGAUCUGGACAUCAAAGCAGGACUUCGGAAAGGAUGGCCAAGCACAGUGUAGCUGAUCAUAUUGAUGUGGCUUCUUCAUUGGCCUUUUCGAAUGCUCGCAGAAUUGAGGGAAGAUGUGGAUCUGGAUCUAGCUAUAAAAGCAGGGGCCCGAAGAAAGCUGUCGUUCCUAUGGGUAAUCUGGAAAGUGUGGCUAGGGAGAAUGAUUCUGGUUCUGUGUUGAAGUGUUCAAAUUCUCAAGGAGAGAGGAGCGAGAGCUUCGGGCCUUCUAAAAAUGCCUCUGAAAAUGGUGAAGAGAAGAAGGAUGAUAACGAAACUGAAGAUGAAAAUGGGGCUCAGGCUUUCGAUCCAACAGGUGGUGAUAAACUAGACUCGAUUCACGUUGUAUGUAGAUCGAAUAUCAGUGAAGAGGAGGACAAUGAUGAUGCCGUUGAGAUCGAACAAGAAAGUACCGACGAGCCAUUCUCAUGUCGGAAUCCUACUUCUGUCGGUCAUGCAAAUAAAUCUAGUAAUAGUGGUCAAACGGCAAUGGCAAAUCACUUUCAUGCGAGAGCGAGAAGAGUCAGAGCAGAUAGUACGGAUAGUUCUAGAAGUUUCAUGACUGGUAAUAAGAGAAAACUGAGGGGAAGAUUGGGUUUAUUGAUGAUUAGAGGGGUUACGGGCGGCGAAGACGGGGGAGUAGGUGCUAGAAGGGGUGGAAAAGUGGAGUUGGUUCCGAUGAAUUUGGGGGGAGAUUAUUAAUGGAUGGAGGUGAGAUAUAUGCGUAUAUCUGCAGGGGAUGAGAAGAGGAGGAGUAAGAAUAAGAAAGUUUGGAAUAUUAAUAAGAGACGACGUUCUUAGUAUGGAUAUGGCAUGAGACUAUGAGUAAGAUUAAAGGAAAAUGGAAAUGCUAGAACAUAAUUAGAUCCACUAUCAAUCAUGAAGGAAAACAAAAGUCAGCAACAUGAUUAUAAACUAUUAAUGAUAAUCAAUUCUUCCCUCCA